UAAUGGCAGAUUAGGAGUAAUAAUAAGCACCACCCGCUCCAGAAUAAGAAUAAGCAGCCCCAGCUGAAAAGAAAGGAUUCGGAAGAGGAGGAAGAGGAUAAAGAGAAAGAAGAGAAGGAGGAGCUCCAAGAUAAAAUAGAGGUCCCAGAAGAUUUGGUGGAGAAUAAGAGUGGACUCCAUUGACUAAAUUAGGAAGAUUAGUCAAGGCUGGUAAAAUUAAGAGUCUUGAAACUAUUUUCUAAUUCUCUAUUCCAAUUAAGGGUAUCAAUUUAUUUUUAACAUAAUUUAGAAUAUCAAAUUGUGGAUCAUUUCCUUAAGAAUUUGAAAGAAGAACCACUUGCUCUUGGUCCAGUCUAAAAGCAAACAUGUGCAGGUUAAAGAACAAGAUUUAAGGCCUAUGUUGUAGUUGGAGAUAAUCACUAACAUAUUGGUUUGGGAUGGAAAUCAGCUAAAGAAGUUUAAGGAGCUAUUAAAGGAGCAGUCAUUAAUGCCAAACUUAAUUUGAUUCCAGUUAGAAAAGGAUAUUGGGGAAAUAAGAUUGCCUAACCACACACUGUCCCAUGCAAAGUUACAGGAAAGGAAGGAUCAGUCAGAGUUAGAUUAGUUCCAGCCCCCAGAGGUACUGGUAUAGUUGCAGCCAUCACUUCUAAGAAAGUGUUACAAAUGGCUGGUAUCCAAGAUUGCUACACUUAAUCCAAAGGAAGUACAAGAACAAGAUCAAACUUCUUGAAAGCAACCUUCCAUGCCUUAAAAGAGACAUAUAAUUUCCUUACCCCAGAUCUUUGGGGACAUACCAAAUUAGAAUCAACACCAUUCUAAGAACAUAGUGAAUACUUGGCUGGCUUAAAAUGAG